AUGGGACAACAUGCUCACAUUAUCAGUGAUGGCAUACUAGCACCUCUAGCCUAUGGAAAAUUUGGUGCUGCCAAAGAGAUGUUGCACCAUAUGUUUGCAAAGACAUCAGAGCAACAGUUGCAAAAUGUAAGUGCUGUGGAAGAGUGCUAUCAUUUGGAGAAACUGUGCUUAUACUCCAAUGUGAUCCAAGAAAUACCUGAUCUUAAGCAUGUGCAGAAAUUGCAAACUUUGUGGUUAUCAGGAAAUGAAAUUUCCUGUAUUAAGAAUCUUGAAUCUCAGAAGAAUUUGUGUGAACUGUAUCUAAAUAAUAAUAAAAUCAAGGAAAUAGGCUCAUCAUUGAAGGAAAACAAAAAUUUGCAUACCUUGAAUUUGGCUGCCAAUCCAAUCUUUUCCCUGAAGGAAAUAAUCAGCUUGGCAGAACUUCCAUCUCUCACAUCUCUAAUACUUGCAGACUCUCAGCAUGACAUGCAACCAAUGACUGAACUCUUGAACUACAGCUCAUAUAUUAUCUAUCAUUUAAACAAGCUGGAAAUCUUGGAUGGAUAUCCAGUUGAUCAAAGAGAGAGAAGCAGAGUGACGCUGUUUUAUAGUAACCUACUUCUUCAGUUCCGCAUUUUGAAGUACAAACUCCUGGGUGAUUAUUAUAAAGAGAUCUGGAUAAAGCAAGAAGAAAAUAGAGAAGCAUUAGCAAGAUUCAGAAAAUGGUACCAGAUUUAUAUGUCAUUAGCUGCUCAGCUUGAGAGAGGUGAAGAACUGAAAUGUAAUUUGCAACGUGAUGAUAUAAAGACAAGACUUGACUACUUAUCAAUUGAAGUAAAAAACUGGGAUGCUGAAGUUGCAGAGUAUAUGGCCUUUCUCUCGACAAUGAGAAAGAUCAGACUUACUCAACUGGAUUAUGAACUGGAGAAUGCAAACAAUCUGAAGUUCAUUGGAUAUGAGGCUGAUACUGAAAUUGUAGAUAUUUUUAAUACUAUUAUGAAUUCAUAUUGCUGUUCGCACAUUGAAAGGCAGUAUGAUAUUGUUGGCAUACAAGUAAUUCGUGUGACUCAAAUUGUGAACAAUAGCUUCAAAGCAAUGAUGAAUAGUUACAGCUCUCAUAAUUUAUCAAGAGAUGCCAUCAUGUUAGUCAAUCCAACUCCAGUUUCUGCUCUUAGUGACUGGCCAUUCCAAAUACUGGAGAAGGGAUUCAUGGUUAACAAACCAUUGUCUGUAAGUGUGACAGACUGCUUGGAUUUUGCUGAUGCCUCCUGGAUGAGUACGUUACACAAGUUAAGACAACGUAACAUAUCUCUGACAGAUCAAAUACAGAAUUCAAUUAGAGUCACAGUCAUUGUAAAAUUACCUGAGGAAAACCCUUUUCCAAGAAACAGGGAACAACUAUAUAAAUCGGAAGAAGAUCAAGAACAAAAGUCUUCUAAUUCUGAUGAAGCUACUGGAUUGCAUAUACUUGAGCCCACAGAUCCGAAGAAAUGCCAGGUCUACCACAUUUCAGAUAGCAAUGACAUUAUCCCUGUUUAUGUAGUCGAAUUCAAAUAUAAAUAUAAGGAAGACAAACUGAAGCUACUGCAACAAAAUAUGGGACUGGAUGUUCAUUCUUGUUGUGUAUCAAUUCAAGAACCUUAUACAGAGACAUGUAAACUAAGUCUAGAAACUCUGGAGUCAUACCUGCCUAGACCAAUACUUACUAAUUUUCUGAGAGAGAUACGUCUGGUGGGCUGCAAUAUAAGGACUUUAGGAAUGCAACAAAGUGGCACCUCCAGAAAAAUGGAAAAAUACACAAGCAGGCAGGCAGAGCCAGACAAUACCAUUAGCACAAGAGGCAAGUCAUAUUCAGACCAAGAGAUAGCUACUGUAUCUUACAGGACAAUUUGCAGAGGUGGAAUAAGAAGUCCAAUAAUGAAGAGAAAAACAGGAAAGGUCAUUGAUGCUAUGGCAGCCACUGUAGCUGCAGACACAAUAUUAAUAGGAUCAGCAAUACAUGAGUCUAGAGAAGUUGGUGAUCAUCAGAAUAUGCAAACCACAAGACUGAAAAAUAUAGCAGGUGCUGAAGAACUAGAAAAUAGGAGCCAGAACACCAUUCAAAUAUUGGCGACACUUGUGAGGCAUCGUAGGAAAGACAGAAUUGUGUGUGGGAUGUUGUGGCACAUCUGCCUGGCACAGUUGCCGUGGGUUGUAAACUCAGCAGUGAUAAAGGGUGAAAAAUAUUAUGUCUACACAGUGAUCACAGCAGCAGACAAAGUUUAUGCAACAUUGGAUAGUACACUUAAGACAAGCAUAACAAUGGUUACUGAGGAAUUCAUUAUACAGUAG